CGACGUGUGUUGGCCGUGCAGUGACGCAUGCGCACUGACACCUGACAACAUUUCCUGUAAAGAUGGCGGCGACCAGAGGACUGUGGAGGACGUGGUCCCGGUGGUCACCCAGGACCCCGCUCCUGUUCCCCGUCGCCGGCCGGCCGCACAGCUCCGGGCCCCGGACCUCGCUGUCCGGGCCGCCGUGGCCGCAGCAGCCGAGCCCGGUCCCGGAGGAGGAGGAGCGGGGCCGACAUGCGGCCGUGGUGAGCACCGUGAACCGGCUCAUCCAGCAGCAGGACUUCGGCCGCCUCUUCGCCGUGGUGCACUUCGCCGGGCGGCAGUGGAAGGUCACAGCGGAGGACCUGGUCCUCAUCGAGAACCACAUCGAGGCGGAGUGCGGCGAGCGGAUCCGGAUGGAGAAGGUGCUGCUGGUCGGGGCGGAGGACUUCACCCUGGCCGGAAGGCCGCUGCUGGGGAAGGAGCUGGUCCGGGUCGAGGCCACCGUCCUGGAGAAGACCGAGUCCUGGCCCAAAGUCCACAUGCGGUUCUGGAAGAGACACCGGUUCCAGCAGAAGAAGAUCGUCAUCCAGCCUCAGACGGUGCUGAGGAUCAACAGCAUUGAACUGGACCCCAGACUCUCAUGAUGAAGACUGGACUAGACUCUCAUGAUGAAGACUGGACUAGACUCUCAUGAUGAAGACUGGACUGUAUCUUACACACAUCAGGGUCGGUGAUGAUCUCCAGUUUGUUUUUACAUCAGUGACAAACCAGGACUGAACAUGUUGGAUUAUCUCCUGUAAAUAAAUUAAUUUCUUCAAAAAUGUGACUGAAAUACAUUGAA